AUGAUUGUUCCUAUUUCUCUUCUUUUCCUCUUCCUUUCUUUCGUUCCAUUUAGCUAUUCUGCCACUUGUGAUUUCGAGAAUGAGGUAGCUUCGAUGAGUUGGAUGGUGAAGGGAGAUGUGCUCCAGAUUAACUUUGAACACAAGAACUUGACCGAGAAUCGAUGGGCUUCCAUUGCAUUCGGUAAUGGUCCAGGAAUGACCAAUCUGGAAUCCAUAAUCUUCUCCCGCGACGACAACAACGUCAUCACCACAAACACGGGAUUCACACCGAAGAAAAAGAAGGUGGUCGUUGAUGACGUCUCCUAUGUGACUGUUAGAAACGUGCAACUCAAGGGAGAUCUGCUCAGAAUUACAGUAACCCGUCCGUUGGGUCCAGCUGGUCCUAGAGACUUUUCUCUGGAUCAAUGUGUCAAUUGGAUUGUUGUGCCUGGAGGAGCGCUGAGCAAUGGGAAAUUCAAAAAGCAUCAUGGACAGAUUUAUUUUGUUAAGGACGUCUGCGCUGCCAAGUGUACCGCCCAACGGAUGAUGAGAGUGCUGUCCAAUCGAAUUCAUUGA